AUGAGUGAUGAUGCCGCCAGUGCCAGUGCCAGCCCCGAGUUUGUCCGGUGCCGCCAGCUCCUCUUGGACGAGAUUGCGACGUUGAUGGACCGGGUGGGCGUCAAGAUGGCCCAGUUGGACCGCCACUUGCGCGACGGCGCCGACGUCGGCGCCCAGUUCGACGACCCCAGCCAGUUCUGGCAACACUUCUACCGCGACCACGCCAAUGAAACCGAAAACAACCCUAAAGACGGUUAG